AUGUGAAGCGUGGGAAUUGAGAUUUUCUAGGGUUUUGAAAUUGCUAGAAAUGGAUGCAAUCGAAGAGAGAGUUGCGGAGAAGGAAAGCGGUGGAUGCAUCGAUCUGUGCCUUGGCGAAGCAGUAGUGGAUCUGACUGGCCACAUUCAUCAGCUCCCAUGCUGCAUCAAGUACAACGGACCAUGUUCUGUUUCUCACUAUUUCAAACCCAAACAUACCGGGAUAGAGGUUGAGGGUUUGAAGGUGGAGGAGGCCUUCUUUAGGGGAAGAAAGUUGCAGGGAACCACUAUUCACCUUCCGGAGGGCUAUUCUGGCUUUGUCCUAGGAAAAAAGAGUUCCAACACGACAAAAUCUACUGGCACAUCUGAAGGAAACAUGAACAGAUGGGAAACAAAUGCAAAAUUUCAGGCGAUAACGUUUUGGAAUCAUGACAAUCUUCCUUCACAAGAUGAUUCUUAUGUGCGGUCAUUUCACUGGUUGGCUGUUUCCAAAGCACUGCAUAAGCCAGCGAUGGCUGAAGAUUUGAGGGUUGCAUCUCUUGCCCUAGAGCAAGAGUUGUGUACAUCAGAAAAGUGAGGAGCAUAAUCUUCCACAUUUCCAGUGUACUUCCCAUGCCUAAGUAACUGUUUUUGUAAUCAUAGUGUAGUCAAAUUUGAAAUUGUAUUAAUACUUUUCAUUUGAGCUUCAAACCUGAAAAGGGAUUCUUAAUUAUCAUACAAUGUGAAGUUCAUUCCAGUAGUGGUGUAUAGUGUGACUAUGUCAUGUUAUCAUUAACAUGUUAUCAUGAUUGCGAGAAUUUCUUUUGUGACAUGUUAUCAUUAAAUUUUUCCUUCUAGAUCUCUUAGGUGGGAGCUGUCAGAUGAUGGAUUCUGAUUUUCUGCUUUUAAGUUCACCUAACCGAUAUCAGAGUGCUUCAAGAUCUAAAAUCUCAUUCUGGAUUCAAAAUGUUUUCAUGAAAAGAAUGAAUUAAACCUAUUUAUCCACACUUUCAAUAAUAACAACCUAGAAUCCUAGAUAGCUUACAUAGAAUCCAUCUUGUAUUACCUUCUCAAGACAAGAUUUUAGAUGGCAGAGACAGUUCUUUCAGGCAGUGAUCAGUGCUUGUAAGCCAUUAGUACAUGGGCUAAACUUGAUGGGCUUCCACUAUGAUUGGCUCUUUUAAGGUGCAGACUAAUCUUGAAAUCUUGACUUCCCAUCUCAUGCAUUGAAGGUUAGGAACAAGCAUCCAAUUGUAUUCGUGCCCCAGUAAAACCUGAAAGGUAUGCCUUCAAUCCUUGCAAUCUAUCUCAUACAAGAUAUUUUGUGAAAGGAACAAGCAUGAAUUGUAUUGUUAUCCCUAUAAAACAUGAAAGGCGUGUUUUGCUCCAGAACCCUCUUCUACUAGUAAUGCUCUUGUAAUUAAGACCUGAAUAAGAUUACUUAGCCAGAAUCUUUGGCCGACUUUGGUCCAUUCAACUCAACAAUGUUGGUGACAAUGAAUAGGGUAUUGAUUAAGUUUUUCGGGUCAUAGUUCUAGAGAACGCAUGAUAGUGAGUGUGUCACUCUUCAGGAUUAGCUUGAUUAUUUUAACAUUUAAUAUUGCUUAAUUUCAUGUUUGCUUUUCAGAGGAAUACAUGAACAGAUUUUCCAAGGCUCUGAACAUAGAUACCUGCAGUUUGUUUCAAGAGACUGCAACAUUGAGUUAAAGACAUGAAACAGGUUGAUAUUCGAAUGGCACCCCUGGAAUUAGGAAAACUCUUAACUCUUAUAAUGAAUCCAUUGAGUGCCACAAUUUAAUAUCUGAACUUGUGAAAUAUUAGGUUUUGGAAUAAAUUCAAUGCUGAUGCCAUAGGAUUGCCCUAAGCAUCUGAUGUUUAUACCUUGUCUAGGCAUGAAGGAUUUAGUGUGUGAACCAGCGGAGAUUUUGAACAAAUUGAAGAGCACCAACAAGGUAAAAACAUGCCUUCGAGGCUAGGCUCAAGUGGUAAAGGGACAUAAAGUGUUUCGGGGAGGUUCCAAGUUCAAUUCAAUUCCCAAUGGGAACCAAAAAUUUACCUAUAAAAAAAAAGGUAAAAACAUUUGAAUAUACUUGGUGGAAUUUCUACUUGGUGGAAUUUCUGUAGCCAUGAACAUUUAUGUCUUGUCUAGCCAUGAUUCUGCAGUUUCUGUAUUUAUCUUCUUUCAACUUAUUUAAUUCAUAAGCUUGUGGAUAUAAUAUUUCUUAUAGUGAUUUUUUUUCCCAUUAAACAACCGAAGAAAAAUAUGUGACGAUGAAAAAUGAAAGGAAUCUAAAACGCUGGAGAUUUGGCUAAAAACGAUGGGAAGAAUCGAAUGUUGAAAAGCUCUGCAGCCCACAGGGUGGUUUCGCAUUAGAGGAAAACCUUUAUUCUUCCCUUGCGAAUCAAGAAUCUAUCAAGUACAUAUCGGCUCAGAAUUAUCCCUUAGCAACUUUCCAUGAUAAUAUGGAAUAUUUGUUUGAAAGUCUUCAUGUAAAAAGGAUUGGUGGAGAUUUUUACCUGUUUCAAUGUUUUUUUUCAUGCCGUGAACCUUGUCAAGCAUAUUAAUUAUACAUCUUGAAAUCAUUGAAAACAGGGUGUGUCUCAGUUCUCAAAUGAAGUUAAAGAGAAAAUCCUGAAAAAUUAGACAUAAAGUGUAUUCAUUUAACAAAACAUGGAUCAAAAUGAGAAAGUAGUUUGAUGGGUGGGUUUCUUUUUGGAGUUGUCAAUAACAAGGAAGGAACAAAAGAUAAUUUCAUAAUUGAUGUGUGAAAACUCUUUAAAGAAAAGCUAAUUUAAAAAUAAAGUAACGUUAACAAGUUUAAAAACAUUUGGUAUGGAAAAAGGAUAGAUGCUUUUACGUGAUAGAGCGGAAGACCAAUUUAUCGUGGCUUGCCUUUUAUAACAAUUCUGCCAAUAUUCUCUUUUACAAAGUGGGGCUUAGACAUGGCUCAGACCCAUCCAUGCAUCAAAGAAAAGUCAAUAGCAUUUAGUUUUGAUUCUUUGGUAUUUGUGCGUUCUGGUUUCUCCUCUUUUUCUUUUCUUUUCUUGUGGAAUGCAACUGGGUUUUUAUUCCUCAAGAUGGGCAGUCAUGAACCCAAAAAAAUUGUCUUCCCUUUUAGCCUUUGGAUAUGCUAUAUAUAUACACACGUAUGUAUAGAAGACCCAAAUCAUAACCGAAUAACAUCAUUCCAUUGGCUUCAAGUUAACAAACUCCAUUUUUUGCUUCCUAGAUGUCUUCGACAACUCCUCAUCACGAUGCAGAAGACCCCCCCCAGUUGCAGUUUAAGGAUGGCAAGUUGAUGGCUACGUUUAAUCCCAGACAGCUGAACGUUAUCUGGGGCAGAGACCCCCGCUACUGGAAGAUGCCAGAAAAGAACAGCAGCGGUCCUGCAGAACUAUUGCAGGUAUGCUGGCUUGAAGUGAGCGGCAGUGUCCCCAUACGCAGCAGCGCACCAAGUGGAACCAAGUUCAAAAUUACCUUCCAAGUAUCCUUCAAAUCCGAUGCAUUUGGAUGGAAUAACUGUCCCGUUUAUGUGAUGGCUAAGUUUGGGAAGAAAGGAAAGUACACGUGGACGAAAAUAUCGCUGCGUACUGACAAUUCACAGCCAACCAAUAUCCUCCCACCUGACGGCCUGGAGAUUGUAACCAAAGAUGCUACAACCCCAAAUGUAAAUGAUACCAUUUACUUUGGCCUAUAUGAAGUAUGGAGUGGGAAGUGGAAGGGAGGAUUAGAACUUCAUAAUGCCAAGGUUGAACAAAUCAAUAAUACACAGUAAUGGGCGGCAGUACCCAGAAAACAUUAAUAUAUGUUUGUGCGUGUGUCUGUGUGCAGCUUGCACAUUCAAGAGUAUGGCUUAUAUCAUAGGUAUUAAGGAUGCUGAAUAAAAGGGUAAAAAUGCUGCUACUCAUCCGAAUUCUCAUUUGCUGAAAUCAUUGCCACCCCAACCAGUUUUUCUUAUAUUUGGCUUCUUCUAGGAAUGAUUUCGUCUUUUGGGUGUUUGGAUUGCAGAGCACUUUUCAUAAAUAAAAGUAUAAAACAAGUUGCUGGUUACUCUCUUCCUCUGGAAUAUUGUUGUAUGAUGUAUUAUGUAUUAAAUCAUUAAGCUAAUAAAGUUCACUUUCUUGGGUUUCUAUA